AUGUUUGGAGGUCUUGCGACAGUUCCUUCCAAUAGUCCACAUUUAAGAAAGUCGGGUAGCAGACCUGUUGUCUCUGAUCUGGGUGUAAGUGAUAACGAAAAUGGUGCUGAGGAGGGUUUCUUGAAUCUGACAGAAGCAAACGAUAUGAAGGGUGGAAGCAUGCCAAUUAGUACAGCGGCAAUAAUGCCAUCUCCAGCUUUGUUAUGGAGAUUCAAGGUCCUACUGUUCUUUGUCUGGGGUUUCAUUUGUUGCAAGAUUGGAUGGGAUUCUGUCAUGAGGAUGAGUGUGGAUCUGCGAGAUUUAUUUCUAUAUGAGGCUUUUUUGUAUUAUAAUCCUCUACUUCUUGUGACUAUGAUGGUUUGGUUUUGGGGAAUUAAUCUAUGGGUGUUUGCUCAGGCCAAUGUCAAUUAUGCAAAAAUUUUUGAUCUCGAUCAAAAUCAUCUGACCCACAGAGAAAUAUGGAAGUGUGCCACAUGGAUGACAAUCGUUGUGCCAACAAGCAUGACAGCAUAUCUUUAUCUUUAUUCACAUGGAGAAGUGUCACUUGCUGCAUCGCAACCAGUACUCUUAUAUGCUGCUGUUGCAAUGAUUUUGAUAUUCCCUUUUGAUAUUUUCUAUUUGUCAUCUCGCUUUUACUUGUUAAGGACUCUUUGGCGCAUAGUUCUCCCAUUACAGGCAAUAUCAUUUUCUGACUUUUUCCUGGCCGAUAUUUUGACCUCCAUGUCCAAGGUGCUUUCAGAUUUGGAGCGAUCAGUAUGUCGAAUGGUCCAUCGACAGGUUGCCACUAUUGCAUGGUUUGAAGCUGACUCAGUUUGUGGCAGUCACUCUGUUGCAAUCCCCUUGGUUCUUGUUUUGCCUUACCUUUUUCGUUUGUUCCAAUGCCUUCGACAAUAUAAGGAUACUGGCGAGAAAACAACCCUUCUAAAUGCUUUGAAGUAUUCAACUGCAGUACCUGUGAUUUAUCUUUCAGCCCUUAAAUAUCAUGUCUUUCCUGAGAAGUGGACAAACUUUUAUCGGCCCCUCUGGCUUCUGUCAGGUGUUUUGAACUCUUUGUACUCUUUCUACUGGGACGUGACUAGAGAUUGGGACUUGAGUGGUUUCACUCGGAUUUUCAAGUUCGGCAAAGCACAUCUCUUGUCAAACCUCAUACACGGACGGAAAUGGGUUUACUUCUGGGUGAUAAGUAGCAACUUGAUUCUGCGUUGUACCUGGACAUACAAGCUGUCUUCCCAUCUUCGCCACAAUUACCUUACCGUGUUCGCAAUCACGGCCUUGGAGAUUUUCCGCCGCUUUCAAUGGGUUUUCUUCCGUGUAGAAAACGAGUGGAACAAGAUGAACUCUAAGUCAAACAUUCAGCUUUCCAUGAGCGACACCGCAAAUGAGGAAGAAAGAUUACUUGUUUCUAAUGGCCACAAUGUAUAG